CAGGUCCCCGCCGCGCGCACGGCCCGCCGGGAACUACACUUCCCGUCAGGACGCGGGCGCGCGCACGCGCACCGGGGCCUCCGCCAUGGCGACCGUGCUGUCCAGGGCGCUCAAGCUCCCGGGGAAGAAGAGCCCCGACCUAGGGGAGUAUGAUCCCCUCACACAGGCGGACAGUGACGAGAGUGAAGACGAUCUUGUGCUUGACUUGCAGCAGAAGAACGGAGGGGUCAAAAAUGGGAAGGGUCCUCUGGGGGAAGUGCCAGAGCCUGACUCAGAAGCCGAGGUCGCAGGGGCUGCAGAGCCACACCUUUCGGAGGUCACCACAGAUCGGUAUCCCUCGGAACCCCUUGGAGGCCUGGAGCAGAAGGCAGCCUCUUCCAUCGUGUCUUACGUGCGCACGUCUGUGUUUCUGCUGACCUUGGUGGUCUCAAUGGUCCUGGUGCUCGUAUGUGCUUUCCUGAUCCCCUGUCCCCCCAGGGAUUUGCACAGCACUUGGAGCCGCCACUUGGGGCCCCAGGGAGGUGGGGACCUGUCUCCGUUGGAAUUGGCUGAUGUGAAUGGAGAUGGCCUCCGUGAUGUACUUCUCUCCUUUGUAACUUCGGGGAAUGGGAGUGCAGUCGGUGUCUCCGGGCCAGCUGCCAUGCUCGUGUGCCUGUCGGGGAUGAAUGGCAGCACUCUCUGGUCUAGUUCCCUCCCCGAGGAGGCUCGAGAUAUUACAUGUUUGAAUCUGAUGCCAGGAGGGGUGGCUGAAACCAUCUGCCUUGUGACAGGGACACACAAGAUGCUCAGCGCCUUCAAUGCGACAUCAGGGAAAGCCAUUUGGACUUUAAACCCAAACUACUUAUCCAAUGGUACCCUGGCUGCCCCAGGGGUGGCGCUGCCUGAUGUGGAUGACGAUGGUGUUAGAGAUCUUGUGGUUCUGGCCAUUGGGGAAUUGCAGCCAGAUGUGUGCUUUCUGCUGGUGUCUGGUCGGACAGGGAGUCCAGUGGGCCGACCUGUGAAGUACAGCAUUGUGGGAGCGGGGAAUCUGAUUGGUCCUCAGGUUUACAUCACCACAAAUGGGGCUGUCUACAUCCUGUUUGGCUUUGGUAAUAUCCAGGCUGUCGCCCUGCGGGACAUUUUUGUUCAGGCACAGAAUCGAGACAGCUCACCACCUUCUCUGCAGAUAGAAGAGCCAGAAUGGGAGAAGCGAAGAUCCAUCAACCUGUCUGAGCUUAUUGACAUUUACAGUGAUGGUGUUGAGCUGCUCCAGCUGGUGAAGGCACCGGAUUCCAACUGCAGCAACCUCCUGAUCACAACGCGACAAGGCCUUGUCCUGCUGCGGGGGCACAGCCUUCUGCCUUCCUGGACACUGAGCCUGGACGGCUUGCGCAGCCAGCCUACUUCUGGGUAUUUCACUGACGAUCAGACAUUAGACUUCCUUCUGCAGAUACAGGAUGGCAUUGGGCUGAAAAAGAUGAUGGUGGUGGAUGGGGACUCUGGCUCGGUUAUUUGGAAUUACAGUGCUCCGUGUCACAUGAGAGAAACGCCAACCACCUCAGCGGUUACUGCAGACCUGAAGUCUGUCUUCCUCUUUUGGGCUGAAGGGCUGUCAGCUGCAUCUCCCAAUUCUGGUGUCGUCCUAGGAGCUGAGCCACCCAGCCUUCACCACCUUUACCUCCUGCAUCCAGCAUUCCCCUUGAUUCUUCUGGAUCUGGCCAAUGCCACUGGCACAGUGACAGCAUCGAAGGUUGGAAUUAACGACCUCUGGAAAGAUGCCUUUUAUGUUACCAGGACAACGGGGCCAAGCUCCAAAGGCCAUCCAGCACCCUUGGUGGUCAGCAAGCUUAGUCUACGGUGGGCACUGAUGGAGGGCCAAAUGGUCCAGCUGAAGGAGACUACCCCCAAAAUUGGCCGUGGGGAGCUGCGCAGAUUCCUUUCGAGGAUAAAGUUUGUUGAUUCUCCCUUGCAGAUCUAGUGUGAUGGAAUCUUGAGUUUCAGAAGAAGCGAACAGAAUGGAUACUGUCUCUCUCCUGU